AUGGAUUGGGAGGUGACAGUGACGUGAGAUGGAAGGGUUCUUCUUCUGCAAUAGUAUUCGUUUGCGCUAUAUAUCGGCGCAGGGAAGAUUUCCCCUUAAACAUUCCUUGGCGAACAAAAAGCAUGCUUGCUAAUUCCAAACUCAGAAUCAAAAACCGCCAUCUUGAGAUCACACCUUUCUCUCUCAUCGUUUUGAGGCUUUUUGUCACGUUUCUCCGGAGCCCCUUCAUUUUCCUUUUUCUUCUCGCAUCGUAGCCUUUGGAUUUCGCUCUUCAAUCGCUUCAUUGAGGAUAGUCCCUCACCAAUUGGACUCUGAUUCUGUUGGAGUUCUAUUGGGGGGCUGUUUUCUGAAUGCGCGAAUGCGACAUGAGAUGAACAUUUGUUGCGAGUUUGGGCUCUUUGGCUCUUUCCCUGCAUAGUGUGAAGAUUGCGUAGGAAUCUUCAUGGCAAAGCGCGUGUACGAAGUCUGGAAAGGAAGUAAUAAGUUCAUUUGUCGAGGGAGGUUGAUAUUUGGGCCUGAUGUUCGAUCCCUUCUUGCCACCUUGUUGCUGAUUAUUGUUCCAGUGAUCAUCUUUUGUGUAUUUGUAGCGUGGCAUCUUCGGCAUGAAUUUUCAUCGUAUAAUGCAGGAUUUGCUAUUCUAGUUAUGGCUAUUCUCUUUACCAUUUGGGUUCUAGUUCUUCUCUUUCUUACUUCAUCACGUGAUCCGGGCAUUAUUCCAAGGAAUUCUAAUCCACCAGAGGAGGAGUUUCGUUAUGAUUCUUCAGUGUCUGCUGAUGUUGGGGGCCGACAAACACCAACUCUUCAGUUCCCUCGAACCAAAGAAGUAAUGGUCAAUGGCCUUCCUGUAAGGGUGAAGUACUGUGAAACUUGUAUGCUGUAUCGUCCUCCACGCUGUUCACAUUGUUCCAUUUGCAACAACUGUGUUGAGCGUUUUGAUCACCAUUGCCCUUGGGUUGGCCAAUGCAUUGGAUUGAGGAACUACCGUUACUUCUUUCUAUUUGUAUCUUCAGCGACCAUUCUAUGCAUAUAUGUUUUUUCCAUCUCAGCUUUCUAUAUUAAGGUUCUCAUGGAUCAUGCCGAUGGCACAGUUUGGAAGGCAAUGAAGGAAUCCCCUGCAUCAGUGAUACUAAUGAUUUAUUGUUUCAUCGCUCUGUGGUUUGUUGGUGGGCUGACUGGUUUUCAUUUAUACCUUAUAGGCUCUAAUCAGACUACCUAUGAAAACUUUCGUUACAGAGCUGACAACAGGGUCAAUGUUUAUAAUCGUGGUUUUUUCAAUAACUUUCUGGAAGUAUUUUGCACUAAAGUUAAGCCCUCGAGAAACAAUUUCCGAGCCAUUGUACAAGAGGAGGUUCAGAGGCCGCCCCCUCAAGUCAGUAGCGGGGAACCUGAGCCUGAAGACCUGGGUGGAUGUCCACGUCCUAAAGUUGAAGAUGAUCUAGACAUUGGUGAAGAUCUAUUGAAGAUAUCACAGCGUCGGAAUAUUGAAGAAAUUGAUGAGGAUGUUCGCAGUAGAGGGAGCAAUGAACCUCCACUUAACAACUCGGAGGCUGAUUCGAGUUUGGAGUCAGAUUACCGAUCUCGGACAAUUCGAUGUGAUGCUAGGCACUCAAGUUGGGGAAGGAGAAGUGGGAGCUGGGAAAUGUCACCAGAGGUCCUUGCCAGUUCAAAUGUCACAGAAAGCAGAAGCUAUGUUGCUUCUAAGGAGGUGCGCCAAUGACUUGCGGUUUUGUUUUUCUGAUGUUUGCAUGCCAUCAAUAGGGAUGAUGUGGGAUUUGCUUGGAUAUUGUAAGAGGAGGGAGAGGAAACUCAUUGGUCAGAGUUUGUGGAUCAAAUGGAAUUUGAAUUGAUAGGAAAAUCUGGGUGCAAAAUCUGAGUCAACCACUGUGUUAAUCCUCUGGCUUUUUUUUUUUUUCCCUUUCUUGGGAAUGCAUAGAAAUGAGUUUUUAUUUGUUCGAUAGUUUUUUCCCCCUACGGUUUAAUAUGUGGAUGGUAUCUACACUGCUGGCUAUAUUCUUUGUGUAAAUAACCAGUUGUGAAAAUACUAAAAAUGUCCCUACAUACUGAGUUUUAGGCUCUGUACAAACUUGGUACUAUGUGAAAAUGGUUUCAUUCAAGCUGUUGAUAUGAAGUGGUAUUUUUAGAA